ACAAUGUCUUCCACAAAACUCAUCAUCUACAUCACUUUCUUAUUAUCUCUCUUCCUCCGAUCCUCCUCGGCCCAAAACAUCGUGAAAGCUACGUAUUGGUUCCCAAAUAGUGAAUUCCCCGUCGCCGACAUUGACUCAUCUCUUUUCACUCACCUUUUUUGCGCUUUCGCUGACCUCAAUCCUCAAACAAAUGAACUCACUAUCUCCUCCACGAACCAACCUAAAUUCUCCACAUUUACACAAACCGUCCGACAAAAGAACCCUUCCGUGAAAACCCUUUUGUCUAUCGGUGGUGGAAAUGAAAGUAUAUCAGCCGAUUUUGCUUCCAUGGCAAGUAACUCUAACUCGCGAAAAACUUUCAUAGACUCUUCCAUUGCGUUGGCAAGAUCGAAUGGGUUCGAUGGUCUCGAUCUUGAUUGGGAAUACCCGAAAGGUGAGACGGAGAUGAACAAUUUCGGGACGCUACUUCAAGAAUGGCGAUCCGCGGUUAUGGCUGAGGCCUCUAGCAGCGGUAGCCCGCCUUUGUUAUUGACGGCUGCGGUUUCAUACUCCUCGAAACACGACUCAGAUAUGUACCCGGUUCAAGUCGUUGCCAACAGUUUGGAUUGGGUCAAUCUUAUGGCUUACGAUUUCUUUUAUGGAUCGGAUAGUUCAUCAAGAAUAACAGGUCCACCAGCCGCUCUGUAUGAUCCUUCAAAUACAGGUCCAAGCGGAGACGCGGGAGUAACGGCGUGGAUUGAAGCUGGACUUCCCACAAAGAAAGCAGUGUUGGGGUUUCCAUUUUACGGCUACGCAUGGAGUCUCUCAAACGCUAACAGUAACAGUUACUACGCCGCAACCACUGGACCAGCGAUGUCAAAGGACGGUGCGAUAACUUACCCUCAGAUAAAGAAGUUUAUUACAGAAAAUGGGGUAAGACCGGUUCAUAAUACGACGGUUGUCGGGGAUUAUUGUUACGCUGGUACUACUUGGAUUGGUUUUGACGAUAGUCAAAGCAUUGUGACGAAAGUGAGAUAUGCUAAGGAAAGAGGUUUGCUUGGUUACUUCUCGUGGCAUGUUGGAGCUGACGAUAAUUCAGAACUAGCUCGUGCAGCGUCACAGGCAUGAGAUGUGUCGGCAACCACCAGAACCAUACAUCAGUUUAAGCAUAUUGCAAGGGAAGAAGUAAUUGCUUUUUAUUAUACAAAAUAAACGCUUGCUUAAAUAAAUUGUUUACGAAUACGGAAUCAUCUAAUCUAUGUUAAAAUUUUAUUUCAUAUUUAUUUCUCUAUCAUCACAACAAAGGCACU